UUUUGCAAUUUUUAAAUAAAAUAAUAUUAUUUGAGAAAAACUCUGCUCCAUCCCCCAAUUCCUCCGCCGCCGCCGCAUGAUGUCGUCGCCGCCGCCGCCGCCGCCGCCGCAGCAGCAGCCAGAUGCGCCGCUACCGCUGCCGCCCCUCCCAGUCGACAUCCAGGUGGAGAUCCUGUCCGGCGUUGGCGACGCCAUAUCCGUCGUCCGCUGCGCAGCCACAUGCAAAGCCUGGCGCCGCCUCAUUCAGGAGACGUCCUUCCUCUCUCACCUCCACCGCCGCCGCGGCGCUGGGAUCUUCGACCACUCCUCCCUCCUCGGGUUCUUCUUCCGCGACAUCUCCCAGAGGCUCCCCCGCCGCCGCCUCUACCGCCGCCGGCCCACGCGCUUCCUGCUCCUCGUGCCCUCGCAGUCUCGGCCGUCGUUACCCGUGGUCCUCCCGCUGUCCCGGUUUUUGACGACCUCGGGCGACCUCGAAGGCUUCGCCCCCGUGGCAUCCGGCACCAGCGGCCUCGUCGCCCUCUGCCGCUUCCAGGGCGCCUCGCGCGACCCGGCCGCGAUCUGCGUCUGCAACCCCCUGGCCGGGACGUCCACCUUCCUCCCGCCCCUGCCGCUCUUCGUCCCCGAGAAGAUCCUCUUCCUCGAGACCAGUGGCUCCUCGUUCCGCUUGCUCGCCGUGAUGGACGACCAGCAAGGUGGGCUUCUCCUGCGCGUCUUCUCCUCCCAAACCGGGGACUGGGACGCGCCGGUGACCGCGGAUCUUCCUGACAACAUGAUGGUGCUCGUCUGCUCUCCUGCCGCCGUUCACUGCGGCGCUGUCUAUUGGAUAUGCGGCACCCCUGCCUUGCCGCACGCCGUGCACGCUGUGGCCGUGCGCCUCGCUCAGGCCGGGGCGUCAGUCUCCCGAAUCGACCUGCCGCCACGCGCUGGCGUGCACCGCCUGACGGUCGCUUCGAGGGCGGUGCGCUUGGCCAAUUCAGCGCAGGGUACCCUCUCCUUGGUCCUUUUGGAUGAACUGGUGCUCUCCGUCUGGAAUCUGGAAGACAGCAGUGCUGAUCGGAAGCGGUGGUCGUGUUGCAAGGCGGUAUAUCUGAUGCCAAUGCUGCCACCCAUCGUCUUCUCUUGCAACAAGGUGGAACUCUCAAUUCAAGGGUUAUGCGAGAAGAGCGGCUCCUUGUUCUUGCGUGUGAUGGGUGUGGGCCUCUUUGUUCUCAACCUCGAGACGAAGAAGCUUGUGAAGGUUUGCAAGGACCAUUUUGUCAAGCACCUAUGUCCAUAUGUGACGGAUUUUGCUUCUUGUCUAGCAGCCAUGAAAAGGUUUUGAUUGUUGGAUCGAGAUGGAGGUUUCAUUCCACAUGGCUUACUUCAAGUCCUCAUCGGAAAGGAAUUUGUUUACCAGGUUCACUCUCAACUGAAGGAUGUGUCGCAAUGUGAUAGCAUCUGCAUGGUUUUUCCCUUUUCAUUUUCAUACUGUGUAUGCUUUAAACUGUUUAUUGAGUUGGUCUCAGCAAAUCACAUUUAGCUAUUGUUCAGUACCUGCGGGCUACUUAGAAAACAUUAGUGUAUUGCGCUGGGUUUCUGUGUUUACUUACGUAGAAUGAGGUCCCUUAUUGCUAAACUGAAAUUGGGAUCGAAUUACAUUUCUUAUGCCCAUUUGGGUUCUGUUAUGACAAAUUCAAAGUAGGGAUAAACUGCAAUUCUUUUUUGAGUAAAUUUCAAAAAGUCUACAACUAUUUUAACAUAUGUUGUAGAAAGAAAGUUGUUGUUAGACAUAUGUUGCAAAAAGAAAGUUGUAGUUUUCUGUAACACGGGUCAAAAUAGUUGUAGGUUUUUUAAAUGGAUACCAAUGUUGUAGUUUUCUGUAACAUAUGUUAAAAUAGUUGUAGAUUUUUGAAAUUUACUAAUUCUUUUCUCAUACCGCUUACCAGUAGUGAAAUUCAUUGUCAUGAUAGAAAUUGAGACUUGAUUUGAUUUUCUUUUGUGGUCUGUCACAUACUCAAUCUGAACUUUAGAUUAUGCAUUUACCAGUAUAAAAAAUGUUCAUUCAAAUGAAAAUGCCACAUACUAGAAUUGCUACUGUUGCAUGGGACAUGUAUAUAGACAAGCUGGAAAUUUUAUCACAUCUAUCGCUAGUUCGAGAUUUAGAGUUCUGAUGCAACCUACCAUACACAAUUCCUCAAGCUUCCACAGCCACCCUGAUCAAAAUUGCUUUUUUCUCCAUAUCCUUUGCACCAAGAGGCCAGACCACAAGCCUAUAUGCCAGAAUAACAUCCAGCCCACCGGCACACUGCCCAUACAACACACUACUCCCCUUCACCGCAGUUGCAGAUUUCCAGUUAACUUGAACUACCCUUGCCCUCCUUUCACAGCUGCAGAUUUUUAGGUAAUAUUCCCCUUGGAUUUCUUCUGCAACUUUUGUUCCUGCCGUUGCUUGUGCCCUACAUAAUGCUGGAGCAGGUUGAUGUUAUUUUCUAAUUUACAUUUCUCAUUCGGCCUUAACAAACGGAGCCAGUUUCCUGCUCAAUCGUACCAUUUAUUUGCCUUUAUAUGGUUUGGACAACGUUUUUGCCUUGGUGAAAUCAAAGCUGUUUGCAAGUACUGUUGAACAUGACAUACAAUGCAACACCCACGUCUAAAAUCCGCUUUUAGCCUAGCCUGUUGUGGAGCGGGCUCACCUAACCUUACAUUUUUUUGUCCUCGCUUUGUGUAAAAAGAUUAAUCUAGAGGUGCUAUUUUUGGAUUGAUUAGGCUUAUAAGUUAUGCACAACCUACCUAGACUACUAAUGUGGUACUAAUCUCACCACGGCAGAACACUUUCAGGUACACAGACCGAAAUCAAAACACACUGAUAGGCCAAGAUGAUUCCAAUAUGCUGCAGGUUGUGCUGCUUUGGUAUGUUUCGGCUUGCAUUUGAUACGUAAUACAUUAUAGUUGUGGGCUUGUGGCCCUUGUACUAUGUCAGACGAAAGGCAAUAUCUGUAAUACUUGCGACCGCACAAAGCGAUCGAGCAAUCGGGCAUUAUGCUUUCGGUAGACUGUUGCCCAAAUCAGGUGCGUGAUAACCCUGCAAUUUUCCAAGCUGCAAGAAAAUAAAAACUAAACUUCGGCUUAUAUAUAGCCCUGCGUUGCAAUGAGUUACAAUCGUUGGCAACGAUGGUGCUCGAUCGAUCUGUUUGAAGAAUGGUCCUGUGACCGAGAAAGUGGACUACGCAGAUCAGGACGCUGAUGAGAAUGCCUAUGAUGUUCAUUUGAAAAACUUCUCAUUUCAUUCGGUUUCGUUGAUAUAUUUGCAUGAGUUGUGUGUACUGGUAGUGGUGACAUUAUGGUACAGCCUUUGAUUUGAUUUGAUAUGACAUGCAGUCUCCUUGUUUUGUUGCUGCAUUAAGUGGACCUUGGAUAUACUCAGAAGGUAAGCCGGUAAAGUUACUAGCUCUGGUGCUCCGAGAUGCGGCCCAAGUAGCGGUGGUAGAGGCACUGCAACAGAAAGUCAUCCGCACUGGGUCAUUAGUAUUGGUAGGUCAAAAUCAGUAUUAAUGAAGUA